GAUUUAUUUGGUGGCCGCCAAAUCAAGGGCAAAUUAAGGUCGACUUCGCCGUCUCUCUAUCUCUCCUCCAUUGUUGAGCAUUCGUGAAAACCAGGAAGGAUAUGGCCGGAGAAGACGCCGCCGCCGAAGAGUUCUACUUACGCUACUACGUUGGACACAAGGGGAAGUUCGGCCACGAGUUUUUGGAGUUCGAGUUCAGACCCGAUGGGAAGCUCCGUUAUGCCAACAACUCUAACUACAAGAACGAUACCAUGAUCCGCAAGGAGGUCUUUCUUACCCCUUCCGUCCUCCGAGAAUGCCGCCGCAUCGUCUCUGAUAGCGAGCUGAUGAAGGAAGAUGAUAACAACUGGCCAGAACCUGAUCGUGUUGGGCGUCAAGAGCUUGAGAUUGUUAUGGGAAAUGAACAUAUUUCCUUCACUACUUCGAAGAUUGGGUCUCUAGUUGAUGUUCAGAGCAGCAAAGAUCCUGAAGGACUUCGUAUCUUCUACUAUCUUGUUCAGGAUUUGAAGUGUUUUGUAUUUUCGCUCAUCUCCCUCCACUUCAAGAUCAAGCCUAUCUAGGGUAGAACAGCAGUUUGGAUUUGAGAGCUUGUGUCAUUCUUCUAACUGCAUUACUUACUCAUCACUGGUGUUUGAAUUUCAUGAUUCAGUUGAACAACGAAUCUUUUGAGUCGAGUGGAUGUUUUGUGUAAGAUCAUUAAUCUUUUUUGUUUGAUUUUUAGAUAUGGAUUCAGAUUUGAGAUAAUGUGUCAUUUGAUUUGAUAUUUUUUUUAUCUUUAUUUAA